AAUUCGAAUGGCACACGUCAGUUUUGUCACAUUUUGGCACUUGGUGGGAUUUUCCUUCAAAUCACUAAUUUAUCUACAAAAAUGCUUUACGAUAAAACAGAACCUGAUGGUAAUGAAUCGUCUGAGAAUCGUAUCAUAUAUUCCCUACCAACGCGAUUAGGUCUAUGGCAAGAAGAAUUGGCUCAAAAGGAAGAAAAAUUGUGUAUAACUGCCUAUAAAAGAAAACUCGGCCAAUUGUUAAUUCAAAAGCUAAAAAGGAUGCUCGAGAAUUUACUUCAGCCAACAGUGCUCGCCAUUAAAGAAACGUACGUUAUGUUUGGCAAAAACUAUCAAAUAAAAACUCUCGACUUACCAUUAAACCUUAAACAUAUUGGAUCCUCAAACAUCUUGUAUCUCUCCGGGUUGAUAACCGAAAGGGAAAUAGACAGCUUUCAACAGUUAAAUAAUGGGUGCAUGUUAACUGCUUCAACGAUAGAGGAACCUUAUGUCAGAAAUACUUUUAGAAUAGUCCCUUGCAAAGGAAAGAAAGAUGGGGAACGAGUUCUUUGCGGGGAAGACGUUUUGAUACAAAUUGCUAACGCGGAUUUGCCGCUUUACAUCCAAUGCGAAAGUCAAAGAAUUGAUACAGUGGGUUAUGGAUUAUCUUUAAAGCUUUGCCAAACUCCGGACGUGUACUGUAGAUUUAAAGUGAUACACUGGAACCCUCAAAUGAGAACUAAAACAUCCGGUAAAGCAUUCACACCGAACUCAAAAAAUAUCAUUCAACAAUCAGCUUCAGGACAGAAUUUAGCAGUCCACUGUAAUGAAUGGAUUCCUACUUUCUUCGGGCCAGAAUGCAUGGUUAGCUGUCGCACUUAUAAAGAUUCUCAUAAAAUGGAAACUGCAGAGAAUUUUUGGGUUUUUGCAGACGAAUCCUAAUCGAGUUACAAGCAAAUAUAAAUAAAAAUGUUAUAUACAGGAAAACUCUU